AUUCGAUCCUCAACCAAUCACUAGUAAGUACAUAGGCUCGUUGGAGUCAUUUCUCUACUCUGAUGGGCUCUCCUUCAAGCAUCAAGAAUAUGGUUAAAUUCUAUGGAUACCUGGCGGGAGAUGACUGGCUCCUCCAACACGCCAUUACUUCAAUGGGUUAUGACCACCCCCAGACGACGCAGGAUGCGCGGGAGCUCAUCCAUCUGGCAUUGAGGGAUGUCAGGGAGGUAGCAGGCGUUCAUGGCUACACACGACUGCGUCGAGUAACGACCACCAAAGGGAGGUCCUUUUGGUGCAUUGCCUUUGCCGCGAACGAUCCUUAUGAGGGCUUACCCACCCACAUGCCACCAGAGGCUAGAUAUUUGGCUUUGAAGGCGCUGCUACAAAAGGAUGGACCGCCUCAUUGGUACCGAGAUGUAUUUGCGCAUUGGACCAAGUAUUACGUGCUUGUGAUAUCCAACGAUCAAUUUGAAACUUUCCGUCGGAUCUAA